CCUAUCUCUUACAUGACACGCGUCAGUUCUGGCUGAAGCGAAUGUAGCGCUUGAUUAAGAUAACUGUAUGAAGCCUAGUGUUGAAGACAUGUCGAAAAUGAAGGAAAACUCUUCCGUUAAGGAAAAGGUGGAGUUAAAAAGAGAACUUGGACUUAUAGGAGCAACGUCCAUUGUGAUUGGCAGUAUCAUUGGUUCUGGAAUUUUCAUCUCACCAAAAGGGGUCCUUGAAGCCAGUGGGUCCGUAGCCCUGUGCAUGAUUGUCUGGGUCAUAGCCGGGAUUAUAGCCCUUUGUGAUGCCCUUUGUUACGCUGAGCUUGGUACACUAAUACCCAAAUCUGGCGGUACUUACACUUACCUUUUUCUGGGAUUUGGAAAGUUUGUUUCGUUUUUGUAUAUUAUUCAGGCCACAUUCAUCAUAACACCUGGCGUGUUUGUUGUUUUCAUGCUGACCUUCGCCAAGUACCUGGUGUCUGUCAUACCCACCUGUGGUUCACCUGAGUUGUUGGAGAAGUUUCUCGCCGCUGCUGGCCUCAUUACCUUGUACCUUGUGAACUGUUUUGGCACUCGCUACGGCGCUCACGUUUCUAUUAUUACAACCUUCUGCAAGUUGCUGGCUCUAGCGGUCAUAAUAGUCACUGGUCUGGUGGCUAUAGCUCAAGGAACCACCAAUGAACUAGGCACGGGUUUUUCUGGGACUUCUAGACAGCCCGCGUCUUUAGCCUUAGCUCUCUACAGCGCCAUCUGGGCCACAAGUGGAGGUGAUGACGUGACCCGAGUAGUUGAAGAAAUAAAAAACCCAACGAAGAGUAUACCCCGAGCUUUGAUUUUCGGAAUUCUCGUUGUCGUUGUAAUGUAUAUACUGACCAACAUCGCUUAUAUAGCUGUGAUGACCAAAACUGAAAUGAUUGGUACCAGGGCUGUUGCUGUGCUCUUUGCCCAGCGAACACUGGGUCCGGCUGCUGGCAUCAUACCAAUGGCUGUCGUCAUCUCCACGCUGGGAACUACAAGCAUCAGCUUGUUAAGUUCUAGCAGAAUGACCUACGCGGCAGCAAGAGAUGGAAUCUUGCCAGACCUACUAAGCUACAUUCAAGUUGAUUGGCUGACCCCAGUCAGCUCUAUGACAACACUGCUGUCCAUGUCCCUCCUGUGGCUUGCCUUUGGUGAGAUUGGCUCAAUCAUCAACUACCUCGGUUUCCUGGGAACUAUUUUUAAAAUCGCCAUUUACGUGGCUUUGAUCAAAUUCCGAUACAGGUCGUUUAAUCACGUCAAGAGAAUAGUCAAGGUCCCACUACUCAUGCCUGUACUAAUGAUACUGAUGAACAUUUACCUGUUUCUCGCCCCUUUAAUCAUCGAGCCACAGAUUGAGUACGUCUAUGUAGGGGGCGGUUUUAUCGUCUGUGCUACAUUGUUGUACCUCGUCUUCAUACACUUUCACUUCAAGGUGCCUUUUUAUGAUAACUGUGUUACUGUGGCUCAACUCGUAUUCCGUCUCUCUCCACCAUUCAGAAAUGCUGACACGGACUAAUUAUGAGUGGAAGAUAUCGUAAAAUAAUGUACACUUGCUGCGAAAUAAACUUAUUUAAAAGAAUAAAUUAAAUCAUGAAUUUUUAAAACUAAAAAUCAUAAAUGAUAUACUUAUUUAAAACAUAAAAUGUUUUAAAUAAGUAUAUCAUAAAUAAAUUUUAUUUAUGGUCUACUUGCAAUAUGUUUUUCAAGAAAUUGUUUAUUUAUUUCUCACUCUAGUUUGUUAUGUUCAACUAAGUAAUUUUUUUUUUAUUUCUUAGGUUAGGUUCAACAAAGUUUAUUUUACAUAGUGACAUUAAAAUGAUGAAUCGUGAUCAGUAGAGUGAUCUUUUCCGCGCACGGAACGAAUCAUCAAUUUUAUUCCAUUUUCACCAUGUAGUGACAAUUACAAGUUGAUUGAUGUGGUACGGGAGUGGGUGGGAGGGACAUGGGAAAGGGUGUUGACGG